AUGCCGUUAAAUCAAAUUUUUAGUUACAUUGGUGUUGGUAUAAAAGGAGAAGGUGGUGGUGGAGGAGGGGGAGGAGGAGAUUCAUCACAAAACAUAUUAAAAUCUCAACAAAAUUCACCUGAAUUUUACGACAUACUUCAUUCCCUCAAAUGCGGCGAAACAUUAAUAAGCAUAUUUCCAUCCGUUAUUUAUUUCGUCGGAAUAGCAUUAUUAAUACAUCACAUAAUAACAAUAAAUAUCAGGCCUCAAUUGUACAGAAGAGUAGGUAGAGAAUUGUUGCUUCAAAUACCUUGGCAGUUAUCGUUGAUUUGCCCUUGGGGUAUGGGCAUUGCUGAAGGUUCAAAUUUAAAUUUGGAUACGAUACCCAUGAUAUCAAAAGGUUUUCGUGAUUUUAUUAAAAUUCCAUUUGUAUUUUUUUAUGUUGUGACUGGUAUAGCUCCUUUUAACAAAUACGUUAACGUGUCUGAUAUAAAAAAUUUACAUCCGAUUGCACAAGUUUUACUAUUGCCAAGAGUACUUAAAUUAUUCAUUUGUACUUUAAUGUCGAUAAUUCCAUUUAUUGCAUUGAUUAAACUCAAAGAGAGACGACCUGUGCCGCAAUUUAUGCUUUGGAUGGGACAUGUCAGAAGAGAUCGUUCGGAAUUAGGUGUGAGUGUUUAUUAUUUGGAAAGGCCAGUUACGGAAGUUACAAUGAAUUCUCCUGGAAAUGAAAUAAGAAGAUCAAAUUCUUGUAAUAAUGUCAGAAUAUUAAAACUUAAACCACGACGAAACCGGUCGAGAAAAUCCGUUUCCGUUUAA